UUUAAAAUCCAUCGCAGUAGGGCUUUACAGGAAGUGAUUUCUAGUUCGGGCCAUGCUUUAUUUAGCUAUAUUUGUGAAAUCUGUAUUUUGGAUGGCGGCAAACGAGUUGUUAUUUUCACCGUUCUUUGUUCAGGCAGCAGCCAUUUUGAAGCGUCCAUUUUCUUUCUUUUAACCGAGCACAUGUUUUAACUGAACCUAUUGCACAAAUUAACAAACAUUGUGGGUCAUGGGGGGACGUGCCUUUUAUUCCUUUUAUUUAGCACAUCGUUUAUACAACGCCACAGGAUUCAUCGUAUUUUUGCAUCGCAUAUUUUCGACGCCUAUUAUUUGGAAUGACGAAUUCGUCCAACGCCAUUUUGCAACUGCAGAUUGUCUGCCAUGUUUGUUUAUGUGUUUUGUUUGGGGGAAAUGUAUGUGUAAUAAUGGCCCACAAUGCAGCUAAAUAAUUUCACGUUUGAAUUUUAACCAAUAACUUGACUGGACACGAAUUAAUAUUAAUCACAUGUAAAUCUGUUAACUUUACAAUCUUUCACCUCAUGCAAUUUGUCUUUGUCUCACAAUUUUAGCUUCAGUAAUUUUCUUUGCUGUAUCAUUUGAAUUGAACGUAAAUUUCCAUGCUCUACAGUUUUGACCUAACAUGGUAUUUUAUUUGCACAAGUUUAUUUCACACCAGAUCUUUGUUUAUAAAUCUUUGCUAAGUUUUGAUCAUGUAAAUGUUUUGUUGAUGAAUGUUUCUCUCAUAUAAAUUAUCUGAUGUCCAAAUUUAAUCUCAAUUAAGAAUUAUUUGUUGUUGAAUUUUCGUAAGAGUGUGUGGCGAAUUUAAAUGUUGUGUAUUGUUCUUUGUUGAAAUUUUAACACUUGUUCGGUUGUCAUUUAAUAUUAGAGUCAUAGAGAUUGAACAUUUAAAUGAAAUUGAAGGUAAAUAACACAUAACUCGUAGUGUACGUGGGGCGCGCGACUUCUUCUCAAACUGACGGGAUUAAUCGCGUCACCUGCACAAGUCCGCGGGUUUUGUAUAGCUUCAGGGGGCGGUCGCGGGUUUUUAACGCUGCCGGUUUCGUGAUAGCCGGGACCCCACUACGGAUCUGCGAUCGUAACCGCCUCGUUUCGCAGGGCACGUUCGUAAUGGAGAUGUGCGUGUGAGCAGGCUUUGGUGUAGAUAGAAUCACCGUCGUGAGGGAGAACAGUGACGAUCAGGAGUCCCAACCUCCACUUGCGCUACAACGCCCCCUCUGGGUAUUUUGCUGUGCUCGUAAAUGAAAUUGAUAUAUUUUGUUCUAUGUUUGUUCGAUCGCCACACUCUCAUAAUGAUUCGGUUUCUGCCAUCCAAUUUACAUAUGUGUAGGUCUUGUGUUUGUUCGGUUUUCAUAUGUGUAGGUCUGUCAAUUCGCGAGUGUUUUUCUUUCACAUAUCUUAAGGGUUUUGAAAAGUAAUAAAAUGUCGUCCGGGAAUAAAACCAAGGGGGUUUUUGCGCUGAGGGGUAAAUCUUCGCAGCGUAUUUCCCCCUGUGAGGGUGGUGCCGUUUCCCCCCCUCCAAAACAAUUUCUGUUAAUUAUUUCUUGCGCUCUCGACAGUGUAUGCACUUGUAUGAAAGAACUUCUUCCCGCCAUUUUUCAAAACAAAAAAAAAAACACACAACGUAGGUUCUCAUUUGUUAGACGAUCACAGCCAAGGCCAAACUUUGAAUUUUUGAAUUUUUCGCGGGCCUUUCAAACUGUUUCAAGGUCAAUCUUUAAGGCGGGAAGUUUGGGUUAUCACAAGGUUAUUGUUUUUAAAAGGUAAUAUACUUAUCAUGUAGUGUGUAUAAUCAUGAAUAGAUUGUAUAAUGCCAGUGUACAUUUUAAUUACAUCGGCCGAUUAAACUCGAAGAAAAAAUGGUUCAGUAAUCAUUGUCGUCACUUUCAAAAAAUGUAUCGGCAAGAAAGGAACGAGACAUGGGACCCCUGUCAAGACUUGUUUUCCAAAUGCAAAAAUCAAAAUUACGCGGUAGUUAUCUUAAAUACAAAUUUCAAUCUUCCUGUGACAUUUCUAAAAAACUUAUGGAGUCAAGCUAAAUUAAGGGUCACAGUUGAUGGAGGCACCGAAAAAUGGCUUACAUGGCUGAAAUUACAUAAUUUAGAAAGUGAUAAAGUUAGUCCUCCAGAUCUCAUUACAGGCGAUAUGGAUUCGUUAUCAAAGGACGUUUUAGAUUAUUUUAUCAACAAUAAUAUCUGCAAGGUUGUGAGAACGCCUGAUCAGAAUGAAACUGAUUUCACCAAGGCUCUAAUGGAGGUCGGGAAAGUUUGUGCCUCGCAGGAUUUAGAAUUAGAUGCAGUUUAUGUUAUUGCAGAUACUUGUGGAAGACUGGAUCAGAUAUUAGGGAAUAUUAAUACUCUUUGUAAAGCCACAAAGAUUUUGAAGAAAGUGAAGGUGUUUCAAGUGGCUUCCAAAUCAAUUACGUGGUUGUUGUUGGAUGGGACACAUACUAUUCAUAUUCCAUUAGCUUUAAGGCAGAGUCAUGAGUGGUGUGCUUUGAUCCCUUUAAAAUCGCCCACAUAUGCUAGUUCAUCAGGGUUAAAAUGGAAUUUAGAUCAAUCAAAAUUGGAGUUCGGUGGAUUAGUUAGUACAUCUAAUACUUAUGAUGAAGUAUCGUCUAAAGUUACGAUUUGUACUGAUAACACGCUGGUAUGGUCAAUGGGAAUAGAAGCCCUCCUUACCACAGGCUACUAAAUUUUGUUAUAUGCUACUAAAACACUAAAGUAGAGCAAUCCUGUUUCGCCUUCGUACUUAGGACUAAACGAAAGACAAAAAUCACUUAAGUACUUACUUAAAUCACGUGCAAUAAUGAUUCUUCGAGCACAAAAAUGACGCCUAACUGGAUUUCCUAGUGUCUAAGAAUAUUUCUAGUUAAGUUUGGUUAAAAUGUAAAUUUUAUCAUUAGAGACAAAUCCCACUGUUGCAUAUUACAUAACAAAUCUAUGGACAGUAGCUCGGACCUACGCCAUGACCGUUACUUGUAAUAAGUAGUUGUUUUAAAAUAUUUAUUUUUCUAUUAACGCUGUACCUACUACUAUAAAUGUACAUUUUUAAUAAAAUAUAGUUGUUA